UCUCUGCACUAACCACUGUGCUUCUGUAUUUCUCAUCAACUUAAAAUUAAUUUUACCCUCAUUCACUUCCGUACCAGUGCUUCCUUAUAUAAACGCACAUUAACUGUGUUCAGAGGGGAGUCUGGACUUCUAUUCCACAACAGACAGAAUGAUUUGGUGUGGCGGUAUUCUGCUGCUGCCCGUCUUGGCGUUGGCCAACUUCACUCAGGGUCCUUCGCUGCUGCUGGACUUGGAAUGGGAGAGCUGGAAGACCGUCUACGAGAAGGACUACAACAGCCAGGGGGAGGAACAAAGUCGGAGGUCCAUCUGGGAGAAGAAUAUGCAGCUGAUUGAUGCCCAUAACCAAGAAUACAAGCAGGGGAUCCAUUCCUAUGAGCUGGGGAUGAACAGCCUGGGAGACAUGACCAGUGAGGAAGUGAUCGCGAUAAUGACCGGGCUGAGAGUGCCACAGAUCACAGAGUCCAACAGCACCUUCCUCCCUGACGGUGACCUGCAGAGGCUGCCCAGAUCCAUUGACUACCGCAAGAAGGGUUAUGUCACCCCAGUCAGAAACCAGGGAUCCUGUGGCUCCUGCUGGGCCUUCAGUGCUGCUGGUGCCCUGGAGGGCCUGAUGAAGAAGAAGACGGGGAAGCUGGUGUCACUCAGCCCUCAGAACCUGGUGGACUGUGUCACCAAAAGCCAUGGUUGUAAAGGAGGCUAUAUGCACACUGCCUUCGAAUACGUCCGCAGACGGGGCAUUGACACUGAGGAGGCGUACCCUUAUGUUGGAAAGGACCGGCCAUGCGUCUAUAAUGCUUCUGGAAAAGCGAUGUCAUGCCGUGGCUACAGGAAUGUGGCAUCGGGGAAUGAGAGGGAGCUGCAGGCCGCCGUUGGCAGGGUGGGCCCCGUGUCCGCAGCGGUCAGCGCCUCACUGCACACCUUCCAUUUCUACAAAAGAGGUAUAUACAAUGACCCCAGGUGCCGAAGAAAUAAAAUUAAUCAUGCAAUUCUGGUCGUGGGAUACAGUUCCACUGACCAGGGAAAGUACUGGAUCAUCAAGAACAGCUGGGGGAAAGGCUGGGGCAUGGAGGGUUACAUGCAUUUGGCACGUAACAGCAAUAAUGCCUGUGGCAUUGCCACCUAUGCCAACUACCCCAUUUAACCAGUAGGAGGCGCUAUUCCAGUGAAGGAGGAGAUACUGGUGAGGACGAGUGGGAGAAGCAGAAGGACCUUGAGGAGAGUGAACUCAAAGUGGGCAGACAUGAAACGCGAGAAAAAGUACAUCCAGACACGCAACAUCCCACUGGCCAUCAUUGACAACUUACAGCUUACAUUUACUCAUCUAAAUACAGCUGUGUGCCCCCACUGCUUCCAGAGCCAGACUCACACGACCUCCACUGGAUGAAGCUUUUUUUAAUUUUUAUUAAGAAUGAAAUAAAAGCAUGCAAUCAAACCUGA